AAGAUGGACAGGCUCUGUCGCCACUGCUACACCACUACACCAGUACACCCUGCACGCGCUGCGGGCGUUUCCGCCGGCUUUGUGCCUCCUCUGCCCUCCCCGGCCGCUCGCCCUCCGUCCACGCUCAAGCUCGCCCCGUCCCGGCGCCUCGAACUCGUCGUCCUCGCUUCCGCUGUCGCCACCGCGAAGCAUGAGGAGGCGUCCUGGGAUCACUGGCUUGCAGAAUGUGGCGGCUACUCUCGAACUUUCAGAACCAGUUGGGACUGGUCGGGGAGAAUAUGGCCAAGGUCGGGACCGAUGUCAUGAAGAAGCAGCGACUUGGGAUGGUCCGAUCACAGCUCGAGAAAUUUGCUUGCAAGCAUAAGAAAACAUCCUUCUCUACCGUGGGGUUCGACCUGCCCGACUGGUUCAGGAACCCAAAGGAUGGUUAUCCUUGUUCCAGGUUGGAUGGCAAUGGCGAUGAUGACUUUGUGCUCCCGGCCAAAUCAGACUUCUCAGAACAACAAGGUUGCUCUGCCACCGGUGGAGGAUCCAGUCCACUGUCGAUCCUUGCCAGCUGCCCUGCAUCCCAUGAAGAUGCCGAAUUUGAGGCCGACAUGGAUGAGGUCAGCAGGAUUUUGAGAUCCCGGUUUGCUUCUCCAGAGGCUAUUGUGAUCACCAUGGACUGCUGCCCUGUCAGGGUGUCAGCACGCCUUGUCAGCAAGGUCCUGAGCAGGUUCAGCAAUGAUUGGGUGGCCGCAUUUGGGUUCUUCAUGUGGGCCGGAACUCAGGAAGGCUACUGUCAUUGUGCUGAUUCAUAUGACAUGAUGGUAGACAUAUUGGGCAAGUUCAAGCAGUUUGAUUUGAUGUGCGGUCUGAUCGGCCAGAUGCAUGAGAUUGGGGGGUUGGUGUCGCUAGCGACCAUGACGAAGGUGAUGAGGAGGCUAUGUGGAGCCAACCGAUGGAGUGACGCCAUUGAUGCUUUCCAUAAAAUGGACCGCUUUGGGGUGGCGAAGGACACAAAGGCCAUGAAUGUGCUCUUGGACACAUUGUGCAAGGAGAGGAGUGUGAAGCGUGCAAGAGGUGCCUUCCAAGCUUUGAAGGGGACAAUUCCUCCUGAUGAAAGUAGCUUCAACACAUUGGUUCAUGGCUGGUGCAAAGCAAGGAUGCUGAAGGAGGCUCGCGAAACAAUGAAGGAGAUGGAGCGGCAUGGUUUCAGUCCUUCAGUAACGACUUACACCUGCCUGAUAGAAGCGUACUGCAUGGAGAAAGAUUUUCAGACGGUUGAUGGUAUCUUGGAUGAGAUGCACACAAAAGGAUGCACUCCAAAUAUUAUCACAUACACAAUUGUGAUGCAUGCGCUAGGGAAGGCUGGGAGGACACAAGAAGCUUUGGAUACUUUUGACAAGGUGAAGCAAGAUGGCUGUGCCCUAGAUGCUUCUUUCUACAACUGUCUUAUAUACAUACUAUGCAGAGCUGGGAGGUUGCAAGAUGCAAAUUUUGUGGUCGAAGAAAUGCACCGAACUGGAAUAUCCCCAAACUUGACUACCUUUAACACCCUGAUUUCUGCUGCCUGUGAUCACUCUCUGGCUGAGAACGCACUUAAAUUGUUGGUUCAGAUGGAGGAACAGUCAUGCAACCCAGAUAUCAAGACGUACACCCCCUUGCUGAAGCUCUGCUGCAGAAGGAAAUGGGUGAAGACGCUUCUGUUCCUGAUAUGUCAUAUGUUCCGGAAGGACAUCACCCCUGAUUUCAGCACAUACACAUUGCUGGUGUGCUGGCUAUGCCGGAACGGGAGGCUCACCCAGUCCUGCUUAUUCUUGGAGGAGAUGGUGCUGAAGGGCUUUACUCCACAGCAGGCGACCUUUGAUCUUGUGCUGGAGAAGCUUAAGAACAUGCACAUGCUUUCAGCAGUGAGAAAGAUUCAGCUUCUCAGGAUGCACACAGAAGGUACUAGGUGUAGGAGCGGUGUUCCAUCUUAUUUGAGAGAGGAUGGUCACGAUAGACACUGUUAUGCUGUAUUGUCAAACACUAGUGAAGCUGAAUCUUCAAUAGAUGGAAAAGAGGAUAUUCAGGGACAUCAUUUACUCCCCACAUAAUAAAACUGAAGCCUAACAAUUUACUUGAAACCAUCAUGUGAUGUGCCUAAGUUAUAUUCAGGGGGUAUUUUUGUAUUCAUGAUUAAGUGAACUGCUGUUCAAGAACAUACUUAUUUGUUGAAAUGUUGUGGCGUAUCCAUGUGGCUUACAAAGUCCAGCCAUUCUCCAGACCUUAUAGUCAACUUUCAACAACUGAAUUUCCAUGGAGUUAUAGCCACAUUUGUCUAUUAAAACGGAGCACCAAGAGAGAGUUAUAUGCCGUUUUUUACUUAUAGAACAGGCUUGAAACAUUUACGCAUUGUCUUUCCACUUCUCCAGCAUUUUAACCUUUUAUCAUCCUUUUCUUAGCUGCUCUGAAACAUCCAUUUUCUCUGUGCCAUCAAUGGAUGCUUAGCACAGAUCGCUUCCACAUAUCACAUGAUCAAUCAGUACUGGGCGUAUAGCAUAUUGUUCAGAAGGUUUUUAUACCAUUGGACAGUCAUAUGAACUUAUAGAUUGGAACCGGAUCAAUUGACAAAGUUAGUUUACUAAUAUAAAGAUGGAUACAGAAUGGUUUUACUGGUUUGAUACCUUUGCUCCUUCCUAUCUACCAUUUCAUUUUCAUAUGAAGUAGUACAUGCAUAUGUUCACAUUUUUUCCUUAGACUGAUCUAGAGGCAGGGCUUGAUCACUAAUGAUUUCAUUUUUAUAUUUAAAACCAUCUGUAUAGAUUCCUGUAACAGGCUAAGAGCAUCUCCUCAAGAGAUUAGCCAAAUUUACUGAUUUAGCUACUUUGUAAAAUAGAUUUCACAAAAAAAGAGUUGGGUACUCACAGACUCUAAAAUUCAGAGUCUCCAUAUUCAAAAGCGCCACCUAAAUAGGAUUUUUUCAGAUUAGAGAGGCUUUCAGCAGCAUGGACGACUUUUACUCCUUCAGGUCUGGCUUUUUGGCGCCGCCAGGCCAGACAUUUUGUUGCAGGUCGAUGCUGUUGCUGGUCGCCGAACAAAGCAUGCAGGGGUAGCCAUGUCCACCGGCCCGAAAGCACGCAGGCCCAGCCGUGGAUACAUCCAAUGAGGCAACGCGCUUGAGAGGCUUUCCAGUUUGGUCGUGCAUGUAAUUGGCAGUGUCUGAUGCCUCAACCACCGUGAGCAGACGUCUGGAUAAUUGGAGGCUAGCACCCGGUCUCCUGCUGCUCAGUGGGGUACAUGGUGCCUAGGGGCUGAGCUGCAAGACGUGAAGACGACGGUGGGAAAACGCGAGGAAAAGAAAAAUCUUGGGCCUCCUGCCGGCGUGGGCUUGUGGUGGCGGAGAGGAAGGCACAUGUCAAGAUGCACUAGCAUGACUGUCUUCGAUGAACUUUAACUGCUUUGAGCCUUUGACAAGCAACGAGGCAAUUUCCCGUUCUCUAUUUAAGACACUUGUGUGUUCGACACCCUUGUGCCUCGCCAAGCUAAUAUUCUGGUUUGGUUGGUUAGAUGAUUUGGCUACAACGGCAUCUGCAACUAUCUCUUGUCAGGGUUUUUAGGGACGUAAGUGCUAGCGCUCGAGUGUGAAUCAUUAUUGUUGCCAUUUAUGUUAUAGUUCGUAAACCAAACAGUUCUCUAAUUGUAAACGUGGAUACCGCUUCUUUUGGCUGGUAGCCCACGACUUAUUGUUUGCCCCUUCUGGACAAAUACCUUAGCAAUACAAUGCUGAAACGAAUCAAUGCA